AAUGCGAUGUACAUCUUUUGUCCAUAUUCUGUUUUUUUGCCAGAGAUCUUAAAGAAACUUAAUUAUAAAGUGGAGGCAAUAAUAAUGAAUAUUUGUUAAUGUCGUUUUCAUUCCAUCUGGAAAGCACGCCUGCAAUGUAAACUUUUCGGGAAAAACAUAUCAUUUUACUGGAUUCCAUAAGGUUUUACUUGUGCCAGUGCUAUGGAUCGUUUAUUACGGUUAGGUGGGGGUAUGCCAGGUCUGAGCCAGGCACCUCCGCCUUCAGACGCACCUGUAGUUGACACAGCAGAACAAGUUUACAUUUCUUCAUUGGCGUUAUUAAAAAUGUUGAAACACGGUCGCGCUGGAGUGCCGAUGGAAGUCAUGGGUCUAAUGCUUGGAGAAUUUGUUGAUGACUAUACAGUUCGUGUGAUUGAUGUGUUUGCAAUGCCACAAACGGGAACGGGUGUAAGUGUCGAGGCCGUGGAUCCUGUAUUUCAGGCUAAGAUGCUUGAUAUGCUAAAGCAAACUGGACGACCAGAAAUGGUUGUUGGCUGGUACCAUUCUCACCCAGGUUUUGGUUGCUGGUUAUCUGGUGUAGACAUAAAUACACAACAGAGUUUUGAGGCACUUUCAGAGCGUGCAGUGGCGGUUGUGGUGGACCCUAUUCAGAGUGUUAAAGGUAAAGUUGUGAUUGAUGCAUUUCGACUUAUCAAUCCUAAUAUGAUGGUCCUGGGACAAGAACCUCGCCAGACAACAUCAAAUCUUGGUCAUCUCCAGAAGCCUUCGGUACAGGCUCUCAUACAUGGACUGAAUAGGCACUAUUACUCUAUCAGCAUUAAUUAUCGCAAGAAUGAAUUGGAGCAAAAGAUGCUUUUGAACCUGCAUAAAAAAUCUUGGAUGGAUGGCCUUAUGCUAGCUGACUACUCUGAGCACUGCAAGCUCAAUGAAUCAACAGUGCAGGAUAUGUUGGACUUGGCACGUAACUACAACAAGGCAUUAGAAGAUGAAGAGAAAAUGACGCCUGAACAGUUGGCAAUUAAGAAUGUGGGAAAGCAAGAUCCAAAACGACAUUUGGAAGAAAAAGUGGACAUUUUAAUGACAACUAAUAUUGUGCAAUGUCUAGGAGCCAUGCUUGAUACUGUUGUGUUUAAGUGAACAGUGCUAUUCUAAACUGCAAUUCCACCAUCAGAUUGCAGUAUAAGAUGAUGAACAAAUAAGUGAAUAUAAUUUAUUAAUAUGUGAUUAAAGAGUUUUGUCCUUUGAUAAUGCACUAUGGAAAACAGUGGACUUACAAACUGAUGGCUCUGCUUUCACCUUAUGCAAAUGUUCUAAUUUGCAUAGUUAAAAGAAAUUGUGUAACACGUGUCCAGCAAUGGCAGAUAAUAAACGAAAGCGUGUUGUUUUUAAUAA